GCCAACUCCCGGAGGGACCGCAGGCCGAGAGAGCGGCGCCCCGGCGUGGCGCCGAGCCUGAGCCCGCCGGACGGCAGGCGGCCCCGCCGCGGGCUCGGCCCCGGCCCCAGCCCCGGCAGCAUGGCCGGCCGCACCGUACGGGCCGAGACCCGGAGCCGGGCCAAGGAUGACAUCAAGAAGGUGAUGGCGACCAUCGAGAAGGUCCGGAGAUGGGAGAAGCGCUGGGUGACUGUGGGCGACACUUCCCUUCGUAUCUUCAAGUGGGUGCCAGUGGUGGACCCCCAAGAGGAGGAGCGAAGGCGGGCUGGUGGAGGGGCAGAAAGAUCCCGUGGCCGGGACCGCAGGGGUAGGGGAGCCAGUCCCCGUGCAGGUGGCCCUCUCAUCCUGCUGGAUCUCAAUGAUGAGAACAGCAACCAGAGUUUCCAUUCUGAAGGUUCCCUCCAAAAGGGCACCGAGCCCAGCCCUGGUGGCACCCCUCAGCCUAGCCGCCCUGUUUCACCUGCUGGACCUGCAGAAGGGGUCACAGAGGAAACUCAACCCCCACGACUAGGCCAAGAGAGAGAUCCCGGGGGCACACCUGCAGGCAGCACUGAUGAACCCCCAAUGCUGACCAAGGAGGAGCCUGUUCCAGAAUUGCUGGAAGCUGAGGAUUCAGGAGUCAGAAUGACAAGGAGAGCCCUCCACGAGAAAGGCCUGAAGACAGAGCCCCUCAGAAGGCUCCUGCCUAGGAGGGGCCUCCGGACAAAUGCCCGGCCUAGUUCCACUGGGCCAGAUACCAGAGCUCCUGGGGGAGGAAGCAAGGCCCCUAGGGCACCCAGGACGAUCCCCCAAGGGAAGGGGAGGUGAGCCUGCUCGCCAGGCAAGGUGAGGCCCUUAGGAGUCCCUUGGCCACCCCAAGAUCCAGCCACCUACGCGUGCCCUGAGGGCAGAAAGAGCUUCCUAGCUCAACACCCACUGCAGGAACAUCAAGGGCAAGUGUGUCUACCUUUGCCCAGAACCUAAGGUCACAGAAUCCAUCCUGCUCCCCACCUGAGCCUCAAUGUGUGGGAAGAGAUUAGGGCAGAACUCGGACCACACCAAGCGCCUGAGGACGCCUCCCCGAGAGGCCCAGCAGUGCCUCCAGCACACAGGAAGUUGGACACCAGGCGGCCUUGCCAGCCUCCUCACACCAGCGCGGCCCUUGUCCAAAUGGCCCGAGUGUGCUUGCAACAUGGCCGCAGCCUUGACUCCCAGAGGCCGAGUCCGACCGUGCAGUGCCACAGGGACCACACUGGCGAGGGGCUUCACCACCAAGAGGGGUGCUGGAGGCACCAAAGACCGGCCUUGAGCUGCCUGCCCCACCAUGUGCUGCUGACAAAGGUCUACGACAGCCACCCAUGCACGGGGUCUGCGAUACCGCGCCUGCAGCCCUGAGAGUCUAUGGGUGCCUGGCCUCUGAGCUGCUGGAACUUACACCAGGGUGCCAAUCUUGCCAGCCAACCUAGGAACCCACAUGGUCCAGAGGCCUUCCAGCCCAGGCACCCCGCUUCCUGCUGCAGGACCCAUAUGGAGGGACUGAUGGAGACUUCUGGGACAGCCCUGAGCCAACCCACCCUACCUGGAAAAUCCCACCUGGAGAAACCCAUGGCAAAUGAGUGGUCCAAGGGCUUUCCCCAACCUCUUGCUUCCUGACUUUAUUAUUGGGCCUAUCAUACUAGGACCUAUCACACUAGGAAACAAUAGCAUCUCCCAUUUAUCCAGAGCUUACUCUGUGCCAGGCGAUGUGAUUUAUGGGAAUUAUCUCAUUUAAUCCUCACAACAUCCUUGUGUCAUUGAUAUUAUUAGCAUUUUACAGACAGGGAAACUAAGUCUCCAAGAAGUUAAGGGACUUGCCCAAAGUCACACAUCCAGUAUGUUGCAGAACCAGCAUUCGGACCCAGGUCUGCCUGUCUGACUCCACAGUCGGUGCUAAUAUGCCACUUCUUGUGCUGGACACGGUGGAAUUAAGGCUGUGAGUUUGACAAGGCAUCCAUUUUAUGGAGCAUCCAUUUUUCUCAGUGAUAAGUUAUACGGAACACUUUUCAUACUAAAGUGUUCAAGCUCCCUGGGAGGAAAGUGAACGUUUGUUCCAAUGAUUGAUAUGAAAUUUGAGAUGACAUAGAAUUUUGGUGCUUAAGACCAGUGCUUCAAGCUCAACCCAUAGUUCUCUAGAGUGACCUCUUUUCAGACCUCUCUAGAGUGAUGUUGGUGAAGGAAGCCCCAGUCAGGACGAGCUCCUGUGUGGGUGCUUCCUGUAAAUGAAGGAAGAGGGCCUCUGGGCACCAUCUGCUAUCCCACUGUGUUGCUUGGGAAGCUCAAAUAACAAAGUUUUGUUAAUUAAGAUUUCCAAAUUCCCAAAGAUAUUAAUCUUCCGAAUUUAGAAAUGAAAAACCGGAAUUCUUAGGAAUUCCUGAAAUCUGUUAUUUUGUAUUUUUCAUUAACUUUCUGUACUUUUUAAAACAAGUAAAAACACAUUUAGUAGCAGUUAAAAAGAACUGUAGGCCAGGCUGGGGUGGUGGCACACCCCUGUAAUCUGAGUGGCUCAGGAGGCUGAGGCAAGAGGAUUGCAAGUUCCAAGCCAGCCUCAGCAACUUAGCGAGGCCCUAUCCCUAAAUAAAAUAUAAAAAAUGGAUGGGGAUGUGGCUCAGUGGUUAAGCACCCUUGAGUUCAAUCCCUAGUACCAAAAAAGAAAAGAAAAGAACUGUAGGCCAUAGCAGGUGGCCAAAAACUGGAAAUGCCAACAAACACUAUUGGAUAAUAUUUAAAUAACAAAGUGUUUAAAUAAGUAGUUAAAGAUUGACAGAACUUCACAGUCAUGAGUUGAAAUUGCCAAUAUAAGGCUUAUUUCCAAAACAUUUUAUUUCUUGGGCCAUCAUUCAUAGAUUUUGUAUAAAAUAUAUUAUGCAUGUAAACAUGUUAUCUUAUUUGUUAGUGUGACUCACUGUUAAUCAUAGACCCACAGAUACAGUUUUUUUCCCCUGAUUCUGGCAUGCUCUACCACUGAGCUACAUCCCCAGCCCUUUUCUCAAUUUUUAUUUUGAGACAGAGUCUCAACAAGUUUCCCAGGCUGAACUCAAACUUACCAUCCUUCUGCCUCAUAUUACAGGCAUGUGCCACUGCACCUGGCAUAAAUACACUUUUAAUAUGUUAACAGCUACAAAAGAAUGAAUUAGAUUGUGACAACUUUUUUUCUAUGUGCUCCUUAUCCCAAGUUUCAGAAAUGUCUACUUUAACUUCAAAUUCCCUGUGUCAACACUUCUUUUCUUGCUUUUGAAUUCCUCUGUAUUGUUAAGCAUUCAUUCUCACAGGAGAAUUAUAGUGCUUUUCUCCAUUUUGCCAAUUUCUUCACCAAUUUUUUAAAAAUUUAUUUUUUAGUUGUAGUUGAACACAAUUCCUUUAUUUUAUUGAUUUAUUUGUAUGUGGUGCUGAGGAUCGAACCCAAGGCCUCACACUUGCUAGGCGAGCGCUCUACCACUGAGCCACAAUCCCAGCCCCUCUUCACCAAUUUUUUAAAAAAUAUUUUUUAGUUGUCAAUGGACCUUUAUUUAUUUUUAUGUGGUGAUGAGAAUCAAACUCAGUGCCUCACACAUGCUAGGCAAGCGCUCUUCCACUGAGCUACAACCCCAGCCCCACCAAUUGUUUUUGAGAUUCAGAAAAACACAAAAAUUUCUCAGUUAAUACCAGAAAGGAAUUUCUGCAAAGACACUGCCCUGGGCUGAGCAGCACUGGCAAGGCAAGACCUAGUUCUUUGUCAAUCAAGUUCAGCCAGUAGAGCUUCCUGGUGUCAGAGGCCUUAGAGCCAAAGGAUCCAAAUGUGGAUCCUAGCUCUGCCACUUUCUGGUUGUGAGACUAGGAAAAUCACUUUACCUCUCUGAGUUUCAAUUUAGCAGAAUAACGUGGGAAAGAAUAUGCUUGCUUUGCGAGGCCGUAUUAUAGGGAGGGUUAAGAGUGUGGCUUUGGAGUCAGACAGUCUGAGGUUCAAAUCCUAGCUCCAUUACUUACUACUACCUCUUUGAUUUGGGACAAGUUCUAACCACUUCAUUUUUCUCUUCUGUAAAAUGGGGACACUGAUUGAAUCUAUUUCAUAGGAUGUUGUUGAGUUUAAAUGAGAUCACACAUGAAAAUGUUUAACAUAGAGCAUGGUACAUUGUAAAUGCUUGGUAAAUGUGGACCAGUAUAGUUAUUAUUAUCUGCUGUAUCUACCUCACAGGGCAGUUGUGAGGAUGAAUUGGGGAGUAUGCUGGGGAAGUGCUUUCUAAACUGUGAAAUGGUAUCCACACAUCCCUCUUUCCUUCAGAGAUGGGAUGGUCAGAAGCUUUGGGCAGACAUUAGUGGCACCCCCAAGUAGGGGGCCUGAGAAUCCUUGCUUACAUUCACAGAAGGUAGCUGUGUUGAGGAGGUGUCAUCACCUGAAAAACAGGGUACAAAGUGCUCUUAGGUGAGGGUUAAUUGCAAUCAAGUGGGCAAAGUCCCACUUUGAUGACUUCAAAAGGAGGCUAUGGAGGAAAGAGUGGUGUUAAAAGGAAUCUCCCCAUCAUAGGAUUUUUUUUUUUAAUAGAGAUCAAAUCAGAGGAAGGGGACAUGUAACAAAAGAUGGUAAGGAGGGCUGUCUUGACUCCUGUCAGAAACUCUUGUUGAGGAAAGGCUGAAUUUAGGACAUGGUCCCCAUAGUUGGGACGAGUACAUCCUCUCCUGCUGUGCAAGCACAUGCAAUGUCAUUUGUUUCCUAGACUUUAGACCAAAUGUGGUUUAAAGAGCCUUCCAAAGACGACCUCAGGUAAUCCUGACAGCAGCCCCAUAAAAUAAAUACUAGCACUACUCUCAUUUUGCAGAUGAGAACUUGGAAUCUGGGAAGGUUAAAUCCAGUGCCUGAGGACACACAGCUCUAUGCUGUAGAGUCAGGAUUCAGAGUCCAAGCCUUUCACCUGCACUGAGCUGCCUCAACCCACCAGGUUCCAGAUUGCUGGUCUUGAACAAGAAAGAAGGAAGUUCAAGUGUAUAUGGCUUUUAUGCCCAAGUGUCCUCCACUUUUACCUUCAGUAAUUACUCUUUCUUGUGUGUGCUGCUUAUUUGCUGUUUUUCCUCUGCUUAGUCCUUAAGGCAGGGUCUCUGCCCCAUCCCUGGACCCUUUUUGUACCCAGGUGAGAUUUCUUUGUGCUAACAGCUUCAACUACUGAUCAUCUCUCCUUACCAGACUCUCCUUCUAAGCACCAGCCUGAUCAACCAACUGCCUCCUUGAUAACUCCUCCUCUGUGAGUCCAGGUUUCUGAUUCAGCAUCUCUCCCUUAACAUGCCUCUCCUAAGCUCCCCCCUCCUUACCAUGGCCUCUUUGUUUCAAAUUCUAAUGUGAUGGUGGGGAAUCUAAGAAGCUUUCAAAGACAAAGCCUCUUGAAUAAUUCUAGAGAUGGAAUGCAGGGUACAUUCUCUGAGAGCUGCCAAGAGUUUGGAGGUAAAUUGGAGAUUAGAAUUGAUUAUUUAAUCAGCUGUCUACUGAGUGCCCACUGAUGUGCCAGAUUCAGUAGCCCAUGCUGAGGAUGCAUUCAUGAGUAAAACAGGAGCCCUAGUUUCAGGGAUCCUCCAAGCUACUGGGGAAGACUGACAUUAAACCAUCCUCCCCAAAUACAAAUCCUUAUAUAAGACUGUGUUAAGUGUUGUGAAGGAAAAGUUUAGGGUGCUAUGAAAGAAUACAAUAAAUCUAAAUGUGGGGGAGGGGGGUACAAAGAAGAUCAUUUUGAUAAGUGACAAUUACUGUAUUCCUGAGACCUAAAUAGAAGGAAGAGAAUUCUAUAUAAAGGAAACAGUAGGCACACAAAGGUCUAGAGGUGGGAAAGACCUUGGUAUGUUAGGAAAACUGAAAUUCAGUCUGUGUAGCUGGGGCUGUGACAGGAACAUACUGGGGGGUGGGAUAUGGUAAAGAACUUGGAAUUUUGGGUUUAACUUUUUUUGGGGGGGGGAGGAACAAUUUUAAAAUUUCAGAAUAUUGUAAGACAAGAACAAAAGGCUAUUGUUAACAUUUACCCCAUUUGUUUUAUCAUUUGCUCUCUAUCCUGAACACUUAUACAAUGGCUUUUAUUCUGAGCUAUUUGAAAAUAUGUUGCAUACAUCAUGUUCUUUUACCCCUAAAUAUAGCGUAUAUUUCCUACCAUAAGGCAAUUGCCCACUUCACUAAAUUUAAUAUUGAUGCAACACGGCAGCUAACCACCUCUCUUGUAAACUGUUUCUAUGAUGUCCUUUAUAUAGCAUUUUCCCCUGUAGUAUACAGGAUCCAGUCUAGGAAUGAUGUGUUUCAUUAAGUUGUUAUUUCUCUUUAGUAUCUUUUAAUCUAGAAUAGGUAGCCUUUCUUUGUCAUUUAUGAUGUUGACACUAUUGAAGAAUGCAAUCUUCCCCUUUAUUUUAAUAGAAUGUUUCUCCUUUUGGUUUGUUUUCUGUUUCUUCAUUAUUAUAUAUGAGUAAUGCAAUCAUGGCGUAAGACUGUGUAAGUGAUAUUGUGUCCUCAGUGUCUUUGGUGAUUUAAAUUUUGAUCACUCAGUCAAGGCAUUGUCUGAUUUCUCAAUUUAGAAUUACUGUUUUUCCCUUACAACUAAUAAGCAAUCCAUGGGGAGAUACUUUCUGAUCAUCCCACUCCAUUCUCAGAGGUUAUAAAUAGAUUUAACAUCUACUGAUGGAUAAUCCUUUCCUGAAUAAAUAUCAUGAUAGUUAGAAUAUGCUAACUCCUCAACUCUAAGGACUCACGCCACAUUUAUUAGUCAACAUUUGACAUUCUUUUGCCUACUUGUUUACAUAUUUACUGUUAGUAGGGGCUCUUGGAUUUCUAUGAUUUUCCAAUGAUCUUAUAAUUAUUAACCUGAAAGAUUUUGGUGCCAGAAUUGUCCCAGAUUUGGCCAGUGAGAACCCUUUAAAACUAGAAGCCUGGAUUUCAUUUCUAUUUCAAUGAAGUAGCAUGAUUCAGUUUGACAACUGAGAAUGCACUGUAGGCAUUGGAGUGAGGAGCAAAACGGGACAGAUCGGGACUCCUGAAAUGUUCAGUUUGGGUGCAUGGCAGGAGAUGAUACAUCUGUGGAGACCAGAACACAUGAGCCUGGGAUAUCAGGCCUAUUCUCAAGUGUUAUGGGGAACCACUGAAGAGUUCUAAGCAGACGAGUGAGUGACAGGGAGGCUUUAGAAAAAUUUUUCUGACAGCCAAGUGAAAUGAUUGGAGGGCUCUCCAAUGCUGUGGCUCUAAAGUAACUAUGCUUAUCUCCAGCUACUGGGGAUUUCUAAGUUGGGUCCCUAUGCCUGGAAUGUCCUCCUGUUCAUCUGGGCACAAAUACAAUAAACACCUGUCUCCACUGCAUUUAUCCGCCCCAGGUAUUGUGACAGCAUACACCCUCUUCUUUCCUCAUUUUGGCUAAUGCCAUUCAACUUGCUUCAGGGAACUUUUCCCAGCCAGGUACAAUGUAGGUGAGUGUACGUACAUGGACUGGUCCUUGAGCGUUGCUGAAGUCUGUCUGGGGACUCUGUGAUCAUUUGCUUUGGCAUGCUAUGAGUUCAGCAUGGUCUGUCAUUCAGGCAACCACCCAUUCAAACCUGUGCAUUUGUGCCCUCCCCACCCUGCCCAAGCCCCUCACCAUGGGAGAUGAUUUCCAAGUCCAGAUGAACUUCACAGUGUACCUUCUUAUCAGAGGUGGUAGUACAUAGGAAAGCUACAAUCCUGCUAGGGGGUGCUGUCGACUCAUUAGCAGACACAAAUAACCAAAAGCAGAAAUUUUAAGAGACCAGAGGGAGGGGCUGAUGCUGUGGAAUCCCAGAAAAGGCAAGUUUUUUUGUUUUUGUUUUUGUUUUUUCUGAUUGGAGAAAUCAGGGUAAGUCCCCAGAAGAGAGUGGCAUUUGAACUGGGCCUUGAGGGUAGAGAAGACUAUUUGCCAUUUUACAAAAGAAAUAUUUGAUUAUUCAGUGGAUAGGUGGAAAUAAGAAGAAAAGCAAAGCCCCACAUCUUCAUAUUUUAUUCACAUUGCCAACACAAUUAUUAUUGGUUACAUAAUAUUCCACUAGGCAGAUAUUUCAUUGUUUGUCCCUUAUUGUAAGAAUAAUUCAUUUCAGGCCUCAUGACAUUGGCUUGGGGCAUGUGGCUAGGCAGUGGAGACAGAAGGAACUCUGGGGACUAAAUACAACAUGGGAGACGUGGGAGUCGAUACUUGAACUCAUCCAUUGAUUCUAUUCAGCAAACAUUUAUCAAGGGUCCAACACCACACACCAAGUCCCAAGAAUACAAUGAGCAUGGAGAGAUGGUCUCUGUCCUGUCAAGAGAGUCAUAAGUGGAAAAAUUCACUGUCAAGCAACAUAUACAGUGCCACAAUAGAGGUACAGGAUAUUCAAAUGUAGAAAAAUCUAGAGCCGCAUGUCAGAAGACCAAAUUCACACAGACACUACUACGUACUUGUCUAUCCACAGGCACAAAGCACGUCCCACCAGCUCUUAGGCUUUUGGGUUUUUGUUUGGUUUGGUUUUCUGUUUUCUAUGUCAAAUAUUCCCUUUCUCUCACUUGGAGGGAAUAAUUAUUACUUUAUUUUACAAAAUCUCAAUCUGCAUGCAUAAUUCGUUCAUUUUAUUUUUCUCUCUUUUUGAAACUAAAAAGCAUUUAAUGCUGCUAAUUUACCUCUACAUAUAACUUUGGCUAUUUAAAUUAUUUUCAUUUAGUUGUUGAUGGACCUUUAUUUAUUUAUUUAUAUGCGGUGCUGAGAGUUGAACCCAGUGCCUCACACAUUCUAGGCAAGUGCUCUACCACUGAACCACAACUCCAACCUCAAAUUAUUUUCCAAACAGUCUGUUUUUAAUCUUGAUGUACUCCUUAAGGAUAAUUUACUAUUUAUGUUUUUAAAUUUCUAAGUGGCAUGUUUUAUAUAUUGUUGGUUGUGCUGCGUUUUGCUCAGAGAAUGGCUUCUACGACUUCUACUUUUCAAAACUGAAAUAUUCUAUGUAGUUUAAUAUUUUUUGAAUUUUGUCACUGUCCAUGAAACUUGAAAAGGAGUUAUACUGGUUGUUUUCAGAGUAAAAGAAAUUUAUAUGUUCAUA